UUCCUUUCCCUUCGAUAUCUCGCUUGUUCCCUGCUCAAUCACGCUGAUCGCCCACCUCGUAUCAUACGCCCACUUCGUAUCAUAUCUGCAAUCGCGAAACCUCGUUAUGAUCUCAGAGCCGAUCGACCUCUAUCAGCUCCCCUCGCUCUCUUCACCAGCGCAACGAGGUUUUACGGCCAUCCUUCCCGGACUGAGUCUCGCGUCACACCUGCUCGCUGUGGUGUGCGUCAAUGUAGGCCGUAUGGCAAUUGCAUGGAAUCGUCAUCGACGGAUGACCUCAUGAAGAGGCGUGUGAGUUGCUGGUGGGUGUGAAUGGUACAGAGGGAGAGGGGAAGACAAGCCAAUCGGAAAUG